UCUUCUCUUCCGGACAGCGUCUCCCAGCACAGACAUAUUAGACGCAGGCUUUUCGAUAUGAAGCAAACGUAUUGCAAUUCUAUGUCGAGAGACGAUAUCAAGAAUUUGGACGAUACCACGGCUGCGGAACUAAGUAUCAAGUUCAAGUAUGUAUUGGCGGCCUGUGACCAAGCGGAAUCGCUCUGUCAAAUAUCGCAACGCCACGCUUCUCCCAUACCUUGCGGCUACAUUUGGGAAGCCAUGAUUUCGAAACUUAUGGAAGGCGAAGCCUCGAAUGUUCGGUCUGGAACCACAGUUGCGUUACCCAGAAGCGCAUUCGUUGACCAUAUGAAGAAUAAAAAGUGGUUAAAUUGCGCCUCAGACGUCGCCAGUCAAUACGUGAUAUAUCUCUCCCAGCACUACACCGCAACGAAGGAAUUUGUGGAAGACAUAUACGAGCGCAUGCAUGACCAGGAAGAAACUCAGGAACUCACAGAUGAUGAGGAACCCGCCUUGACCGACCAGUCACUUGCAGCAGGGGUGACUUUGAGAACGCCAAUCGAUGUCUGCGACAAUCCGUACGACGUACAGGAUUUGGCAUCUACCGACCCGAUUGAUGGUUUCUGUGAUUAUGUAGCGACGCUUUGCCUGCCGAACUUCGUUACUAGCCAGGCCUCCCCGAACCUCCGACGCGCUGCGGAAAACUUUGCUUUGCUACGAGGAGGACCGGCACCAAGGGCAGUGGCAUAUAGGCAUGGCGUUUGCGAUGUCGCCGCUUCGUGCCCUCAGUUUUCAGCCGCUCAGAAUUUAUUCCGUGCCUAUGUCCGAUCCGCCGGGAUUCCACCAGAAACGAAAGACACCGUAGAUCUUAGUGUCCUUUCAGCUCUUCCUGGCCCCACCGACUGGUACUACGAGCUACCAGAGGAGACGCUCCGGCGUGAACACAUUCCGCGCCCACCUUCUCUACCCUCUUCUUCUUCUACGAAUAGCGAGGAUGAAGCCGAUAUGGAUGUUGACGACAGCUUGACUAGCUUGAACGCUGCCUGCUCAUUAGAGCUGCCGCUCCUGUUCGUGAACCACACGCCGCCAGAGAAGGCUAUCUCUCAUGUGGGAGCGCACCAGCACCGGAUGUGUGCGGCCUCGGGUGCUGCAUUCUUUGGUGCUGCGGGGCUCAGCAACGUUCCCGUCUUUAGCCUGGUCACGAAUGGGACCCAGGGCGUACUCACGUGCGCCUGGGCUGAAGUCUACGAUGGCUUUCAACGCAUCAGGAUUGCAGAACGCAACGGCGUCUUGUUCGACCUGGCGAACCCGCUAUCGGCGUUCCAUUUUGCGACGUUCCUUGUCCGUUUGAGGCGUGAGCACGGCGCUUUGCUACGCGAGCGGCUUGACGAGCAUACUAUGGCGAGGUGGCGUGAACGCUUAGAACGGGGAGAAUAUGAGACACGGUGGACUAUGGCGCAUUACGUCGACGAGCAGGAAAUACAGGGUCCUUCUUAAAUGGAUAGUCGCUUCUAAGCUCACUUUAUGUUAUGAUUAUCCUGUUCUGCC